GAGAAGCCCAAACAAUAAUGGGCCUUUCUCGAUGAAACGACUUCGUUUCAGUACCUGCCAAUUGUGCUCUGCCAGAAUCAUCAUCAUCAUCACCAUCAGUCGGAUUCCUGAAUUCUGGUAAAAACAAAAAUUCUCUGAGAAGACACUCUAAUGGCGCCUCAGCUUCUCUCCUCCAGUAACUUCAAAUCUCUGUUUGACUCUGUCGACACUUUCCUCUUUGACUGCGAUGGUGUUAUAUGGAAGGGUGAUACGCUCAUCGAUGGCGUCUCUCACACUCUCGACUUACUCCGCUCUAAGGGUAAAAAUGUGGUGUUUGUGACCAACAAUUCGAUGAAAUCAAGGAGGCAAUACGCUGAAAAAUUCCAAUCCCUGGGUCUCGUUUCUGUUACUCAGGAUGAGAUCUUCUCUUCAUCAUUUGCGGCAGCUAUGUACCUCAAAGUUAACAAUUUCCCCAAGGACAAGAAGGUUUAUGUAAUUGGCGGAGAGGGUGUUCUUGAGGAGCUGCAGAUUGCUGGUUUUACAGGUCUUGGUGGUCCUGAAGACAAUGAAAAGAAGGCACAAUGGAAAUCAAACACUCUCUUUGAACAUGAUAAAAGCGUGGGAGCAGUUGUGGUUGGACUAGACCCUAGCAUAAACUACUAUAAGCUUCAGUAUGGGACACUCUGCGUACGCGAGAAUCCUGGAUGUCUUUUCAUUGCGACCAAUCGUGAUGCAGUAGGACAUAUGACGGAUUUGCAAGAGUGGCCUGGUGCUGGUUGUAUGGUUUCUGCGAUGUGUGGUUCAACUGAUAGAGAACCAAUAGUGGUCGGGAAACCAGCUACUUUCAUGAUGGACUUUCUGAUACAGAAAUUUGGGACAGAGACGUCAAGAAUGUGCAUGGUGGGUGAUAGGCUAGAUACUGAUAUCUUGUUUGGUCAGAACGCUGGCUGCAAAACUCUCCUUGUCCUAUCAGGGGUGACAAGUGAAUCGAAUCUACUAGACAAGGGGAACAAGAUUGAGCCAGACUAUUACACAAGCACGGUCUCUGAUAUCAUCAAACUGAUAUAGUCCCCCUAGAAAGUAAGGGCAUCAUCAUCUUGCUUCACCCUGAAACAGUAAUUUAUAUCCGCAAGAUGAAAUUUCUGAUUUUUGUUUUGGCUCUCUCUGUUAAUGAUCAAUGUGGUGAUCCAUCCAUCAUCAGAAAACAUGGCCUGCUAGUUUUAAUGAAAGGCUGAGUUGUUGAAUACAUUUGUUAUUGUUUCUGAAUAAAGAAUCUGAAAUAUUUGAAUGAUUGAAUAACAACAAAUACGGUUUUCAUGGAAA